UUCGUUCAAUCGUUCAUUUCAUUCAUUGCUCUUUGCUGAUUGCUCAUAACUUAUAAGUCGUAGACCGUAGUUCAUGUGUUGUGAUUCACAUUACCAAAAUAUCUUAAUAAUAUAUUUUGCUAACCUAUGUUGUAAAUCGAUGAAAAUUUUAAAAGACUAAAGAGAUUGAAUACAUCUCAAUUCAAAAAUUUAAUGAUAUUCAUAGGAAGUAAAAACUGUUUAUUUUCCUGUGGUUUAAAUUAUAAACCUUAUUUUUUACUGUCUGGUUUGAAUUGAAUUGGGUGUGAAGAUAUUGUGAAAAUAUUUUAAAUAGUGAAAAAGUUAAAAUUUGUUUUGUGUAAAAACAAAAAAGAAACAAUGUCAAUACGAGAAAUAGAAAUCUCAGACCAAAUGUUUUCUUUGAGUCAAUCAGACAUUUGUCGACUCUGUGGGCUAAGCAACUCAUCGAGGUUCCUGAUCUACAGAAAAGUAGAUGCUGCUGAAUUGACUAUUGCAGAUUUAAUUAACCGCUAUUUGCCUAUUCAAGUUUCUGAUGAUGAUGAAUAUCCUAGAACUAUAUGUUCAAACUGUAAAUGUCAGUUAGAUAUGCUAGUGAAAUUUAUUGAUGAUUUGUUAGAUGGUCAAAUGUUUCUCAAAAAUGUUUAUAAACUGUACAAGUCUAAACAGCUUUCUUCAGCAGAAUAUAUACCUCUGGUAGAUGAAAGAACCACUAAUUUCAAGAAUAAUAUAAACAUUAAAUGUAAUAAUGUAGAAUUUAUAUGUGAGACUUGUGGUUUAACGUUAGCUAACAAAAGUGACUUGAAGGCUCAUUUGAAAAAUCAUCAUGAAGAACAACCAAUACCAAGUGAUACCUCAGUUGAUACCUCAACAGUUAAAGUUGCUGAUAGAUUUUCAUGUGAAUAUUGCAAGAAAACAUUUGCUCAUAAAAGUGGGCUUAAUACUCAUUUAAAAACACAUAAAGGUGAUAAAAAAUAUGUAUGUAAAGUAUGUAAAAAAAGUUAUUAUCAAAACGGAAACCUGCAAGAACACAUGCGCAUACAUACUGGAGAAAAACCUUUCAGUUGUGAAUACUGUACAGUAUCAUUUAGAACAUCAUCACAGUUGAAAACUCACAUUCGAUGUCAUAGUGGUGCUAAACCUUAUAAGUGUUCAGUGUGUGAUCGAUCAUUUCCACAUAAUAAUACUCUGAAAAUUCAUUUAAGGCGUCAUUACAAUGAUCGACAAUACAACUGUGAAUAUUGUCCAAAAAAAUUUGUUGACCGUACAGCGUUGGUCAGACAUUCUCGUACACAUACAGGCGAAAAACCAUAUUAUUGUGAUUUGUGUAACAAGGACUUUGCUACAGUAACAAAUUUUAAAAAACAUAGAAAAAUACACAUGAAAGAUAAAAAUUCUACAGUAUGGGAGCUAACUACAAAAUUCCAAAAAGGCAGUUCAGAAAUUGAUUAUAUAAAUGCUACAAUAAUUAAUGAUAAUGAGCUGCAGGCAUGUGAUAGAACAGAAGACUUAUUUUUAAUUUCCAAUCAAGUUAAGGAUUUGAACACUGAUAUACCGUCCAAUAGUGUUAAUAAUUUGGAUGACCUACUGAACGUCAACACUUCUUUCACAUCUUUAAAUUCUAUUAGCUUCAGUGAAUCUAUGUUAGAUUUAGCUGAAAAUAUUGUACCAUAGUCCAUAGAGUUUAGUGUAUAAGUAUAGUUUAUAAUUAUAAUAUUUUUAUAUUAUAUAUAUUAGCUUAUAUGAGCUAAAAUAACAAUAUUCUGUAUUAUAAUAUUUAACAAAUGUCACUGACUUUUUUAACAUUACCAUCAGUGCCAUUGAUAAGACUGAUUACCACAGACUAUAUCCGGUUAAUAAUGUACAUUGAAAUACAAUAUGGUUAAAAAUGUAUUCAAUGUUAAGAUUCUUUUGUAUUUUUAUAAUUUAUUUAUUUUUCUAUAAUUCCAAAUGUUGAAGCUUUAUUUUUUAUAAUUAACUAUAAUAAUUGAUCGGUGUAUCUACUCUAUGCACGAGUAAACAAUGAUUUUUAAAAGUAUAUUUUGAGCACAUGUUUCUAUUAACUAUUACUUUAUUUGUAUAAUCUGAAAUGAUAGAAUAUAAUUGUUUCAACUUGCAAUUAAAUAUAUUUUCUAUCUUGCUUUAAA